AUGACAUAUUAUGAUAUAGAUGAUAUACUUUCAGAAGAUGAGAAAGUUAAUGUUAAAUUUAAUGAAAAUUGCAUCGGAAUAGGAUUUCUUGAUUAGCAUCAAGAAUAUUCAGAAGGUAAAGACAUACCCAAAGAUACUGUGCUAGAAAUGCCAUUUUGGCUUGGCGUUUAAUUAGCUUAAACAAUCAGUGUAAGUAAACAGUCUAAUUUCGAAGAAGAUACACCCAUCGCAGUCUUAGAAAUACCAAAAAUCUAUCGUAGCUAAUUUUAAAGUAGUCUUUUAGCUGACCCUACUGUAAUUAAUUUGAGAGAAAAGAGCAACUACUUUUACGAAUUUGGAUUAAAGAUGGCAGAAUACUUAGAAGAUCCUAAGUUAAUAGAUAUUUUGAUUUGCGUUUAUCUUAAAAGAGCUAAGUAAUUUGCGAAGCUUUCAUUUAGUUUGAUAAUUUAGCAGUGUGAUGAUAUGAUUUUAAGAAUGACCCAUAGUGAACUCAGUAUAUUUAACAGUGGAAGAAAAAUAUCUAUGGAACUAAGAUAGUAGAAAUUUGAUGAAACUCAAAAUAGUCAUUAUAACUAAAUUUUUACAAAGUUAAAAAGAAUUAAAGCAAAUUGA